GAAACAGCUGCGCAGCUCAGCCGCCAUUUUAUUUCCUCUGCGGCUCCGUGUAAAACGGCUGAAUUGAGCUCUCGUGCCGACCCGUUUUUCUUAAACUCUCCCCGGGCUUUAGAUAGUGAUGCCGGUCCAUCCGCUGCGUGUCGCGGUCGUGUGCUCCAGCAACCAGAACCGCAGUAUGGAAGCGCACAACAUCCUGAGCAAGCGAGGGUUUGCCGUGCGUUCAUUCGGCACCGGAAGCCACGUCAAACUGCCUGGACCGGCUCCGGACAAACCCAACAUUUAUGACUUCAAAACCACUUAUGAGCAGAUGUACAACGACUUGGUCCGCAAAGACAAGGAACUAUACACACAGAAUGGGAUCUUACACAUGUUAGAUCGCAACAAGCGCAUUAAAUCCAGACCUGAACGCUUCCAGAGCUGCAAAGAUCAGUUUGAUCUGGUCAUCACCUGUGAGGAGAGAGUUUAUGACCAGGUUCUGGAGG